UGCACGCGGUGAGGGAGAUACGCAGGAGAAGCUGGCUGGCGGUGCUGAAGAUGGCGGAUGGUGACAGUGGGAGCGAGCGCGGUGGCAGUAGCGGAGGAGGGGGAGGUGGGAGCGGGUUCCAGCACUUUCAGAGAGAGCAGGAAACCCAGGAGCUGGCAUCCAAGCGUCUGGACAUCCAGAACAAACGCUUCUACCUGGACGUCAAGCAAAACAACAAGGGCAGGUUCAUCAAAAUCGCUGAGGUCGGGGCCGGGGGAUCCAAAAGUCGCUUGACGCUAUCCAUGUCAGUUGCAGCGGAGUUUCGCGACUACCUGGGGGAUUUCAUAGAGCACUACGCCCAAUUGGGGCCUAGCAGCCCGGAGCAGAUCGCACAGUCCUCAGUCGGAGAGGACGGGGGGCCUAGGCGAGCCCUGAAGAGCGAGUUCUUGGUCCGGGAGAACCGUAAAUACUACCUCGAUCUGAAGGAAAACCAGAGGGGGAGGUUCCUGCGGAUCCGACAGACCGUCAACCGAGGGCCUGGGUUUGGAGUAGGGGGGCCGGGUGGAGGCAUGCAGGCCGGCCAGACCAUAGCUCUUCCGGCCCAAGGUUUAAUAGAGUUUAGAGACGCCCUUGCCAAGCUUAUAGAUGAUUACGGUGGGGACGACGAAGAGUUGGCUGGUGGAACGGCGGCCGGGGGCUAUGGGGAGUUACCCGAGGGCACAUCCAUCAUGGUUGACUCAAAACGGUUCUUUUUCGACGUCGGGUCCAACAAAUACGGCGUGUUCCUGCGAGUGAGCGAGGUCAAACCGAGCUACAGGAACUCUAUCACCAUCCCGUUCAAAGCGUGGGGGAAGUUCGGAGGGGCUUUCAGCCGCUACGCGGAGGAGAUGAAAGAGAUCCAGGAGCGACAGCGGGAUAAAAUGUACGAAAGGAGAGAGGAGUCCGAGGGAGAGGAGGUGGAUGACGACUGAGUAGUUGAAACAGCUGAUAGAGUUCAGUUCACCCAGUGAGAUCUGCAAUAGGAUAUGUGGCAGAAAAUACAGAAAUGAGAGAUUUAAAGUGCAUGACGAAUCGAAGUUUAAUACUAAAAAAUAUCGUGGCGUAAAAAGUAGCCUAUUUGACACGGGAACUAGUUUUGAUGUAUUAAAACCUGGAGUUGUGUUUGAGGGUUGAAUGGGGUGUGAGUAAAAAAGUGAAAGUUAAGGGAAUAAGUGUUCUGUAAAUGAGACCUUUCUCUUGGGUUUAAAAAACUAUUUAAAUUCUUUUGUAAAAAAAAAAGGAAAAACCCCUAAAACCAGCAGCUUGGUUUUCAUAACAAUUUAAGAAACCAAUGAAAUCUUUAUAAUAAAUGUUUCCUUUAAAAUAUAUAUAUUUAAGAGUAAGGAGUUGACCCCAUGAUUUAACUAUUAUUUCCAUUGCUCUUUGUAAGGAGAGAACCAGCAUCCAUUGUAUUCCUGUUCUAGGUCUCUCCUAUCUGGGCAGUGUGUGUGGGAUCCUUACAAGUUAGUGAAAGUAGUAGGAAGGAAUGUCUAGAAUGCUGCUGUCAUUUUGUGGAGGUUUAUAUUUGGUGCGUUAACUGAUGGAGUGAAGGUGGAGCUAUAUAACACAGGUUGUGCCAUAGCAUGCCCCUUAACUGACGAUUACCAUGAGAAACGUUACUGAGGUCACUAUUCUGCAGGCCUUUCUAAAGGCCCCAGACCCUAAAUUGGAGCCUUGUGCUGAAGUACCUUGCUCUCAAUAUCACAUCACUCUCUAGACAAACAGGGCCUCAGCCUCAAUGGUGGAUGACUGAAUGCUUGAUUUUUAGUUUUAAAUAUAAGUACCUGGCAAUAUUAACUAAGUCUGUUUCCCUGGAGUUAAUUAUCUUAAAAGUAAAAUAUUCUGUCUGAGAGCAGAGUCGUGUCUACUCACAGCAUGUAGUCUGGUAUCAAGAGUGGCAGGGCUGGAAACCAAUCAGCAACCAGAAAGGACAGUGUUUUCCUGCUGCGUGCAUCUUGUCCUAUGGGAGCCCGCCCUCAACAGCGACAUACAGACGGGACCUCCGCUUACCCAAAACACACUGUGGGAGGCUUCCGAUCUGACCAUUGGAAGUGAUCGCUGGAUGAAAUCCAGAUGGACUUCUGCUGCUGUCACCUAGCCAGCCGAGAGAGAGAGAGAGAGAGAGAGUGUGUGUGUGUGUGUGUGUGUAGGGCGUCAAUGAUAAGUUGCCACCCGCCCCUCAGCUAUGUCCUGGCUGGGGAAGACCACACACACGUGCCCAUGCUUUUGCACCGUCACGCCACUGACAUCACACACACACUAUGCCUCUGGACAGUAUAACGUAUGGAUGGAUGGUUUCCUUUUUAUUUCAAAAGACAACUAUAUUGAAAGAUUAUACUUGUAAGAAAGAAGAUACUGAAAAAAACCAGCAUACAAUAUUUUUUAAAUACUUAAUAAAGAAAAGGAGAAAUGUAUGUGAAUUAUAAUGCAGGCUUAUUUCAUGAAACAAAACUGGGAUGCAACCGAAUUGUCCAUGAUUGUUUUUUUUUCUUAUUUUCACUUUCAUUUGUUGGUUUUCUCCCAGAGAGUGAAGAAAUAACACUUCUGUUGAUUAAAAAGAAUAUAAAUCCAA